AUACCCCAUUUUCUGCCGCAUGCUUGUUUAUAUGUUUGCCGCUUUUAAAUGUGAAACAUGUGUGAAAAUGCAUUUUUUCCGCUUUGUUCGCGGACGAUUAUCUAGCUUCUCUCGCCGCACUAUCCGCUAGCCUUCAUUAUACUUGCCUAGCCAAAUUGCCCGUGCAACGGUAACGAGAAAAGACGGCAGCCCGACCGCUGUGCAUUUUUAACUGCCUAUUGUCGCCGCAGGGGUUUCUGAAAAAAAAAUCGAUGGUAUCGCACCACGUUGAGAUGCAGGGAUGAGGCGAGCUCGUGCAGCGCACGCUGGAAAGUUGCGUUUGACGUAUAGAGCUUUUGACUGCACGCGCUGCCUUUCCGCAGCAGCAAUCGUCUGAUCACGCGAUACCGCUUUUAUUUUAGCACCCUUAUUCAAAUACCGCCGUUUUCGUGCUUCAAGGAUGGAACCGCAGUGACUUCAUGUUUCCAUGUCCCUGCUCUGCGGUUUUGACGUGUUAUCUAAGAAGGGCGACCCGUGGAGACGGCAGAUACUGCUUUUUUUAACCGUCACCAGUCGUCAAAUAAGAGGUUCGCUCGGUGACAGUUACAGAAUCGUGGACCGUCUGUUCUCCGAGUGCUAAUUCAAAGAAAGUACGUUUAUCACCGAAGCGAUCUCCUUGGGCUGAUUUUUCCAAAGUUCCCAUGAGUUCACCAUGAAUGCAACGCCACGGGCUGAGGGGAAUGGCUUAUCCCAGUCCUGCCACCUGCAGUCAUACAUCCUCCUCCUCCUCCUUUGAAGGACGUCAGUUGUUUAUGGGAACUACUGGCAUCGGUCUUCUGAGGAUAUAGCUCUCCUUUUGGGACGCCAUUUUUCCACCCUUGCUGAAACCGUGUAACCGGGAGACAUGGCUAACAACUCGUACAGCGGGGUGAAGAACUCUGUGGCAGAGCCCAAUCACGAUGGAGAGUUUGGUUGCUCACUUAAAGAGCUGCGCUCUCUCAUGGAACUGCGGGGGGCUGAAGCAUUACAAAAAAUUGAAGAUUCUUAUGGGGACGUUAAUGUACUUUGCAACAGACUAAAGACAUCGGCCGUAGAUGGAUUAAGCGGGCAGCCCUCAGAUAUUGAAAAGAGAAUAUCAGCGUUUGGUCAGAACUUAAUACCUCCUAAAAAGCCAAAAACCUUUCUUCAAUUAGUUUGGGAAGCAUUACAGGAUGUAACACUGAUUAUCUUGGAAGUGGCAGCAAUAGUUUCUUUAGGCCUUUCUUUUUAUCAACCUCCGGAAUCAGAAGAAAGAAACUGCGGGAAUGCGGCAGGGGGUGUGGAAGAUGAAGGAGAAGCAGAGGCAGGGUGGAUAGAAGGAGCAGCUAUCCUCCUGUCUGUUAUUUGUGUGGUGCUCGUAACAGCCUUUAACGAUUGGAGCAAAGAAAAGCAGUUCCGCGGCUUGCAGAGCCGCAUUGAACAAGAGCAGAAGUUUACCGUGGUUCGGGGAGGGCAAGUCAUCCAGAUCCCUGUGGCCGAGAUUGUCGUGGGAGACAUUGCACAAAUUAAAUAUGGUGACCUCCUGCCUGCUGAUGGUGUUCUCAUCCAGGGCAACGACCUCAAAAUAGAUGAGAGCUCUCUGACUGGAGAGUCUGACCAUGUGAAGAAACUGCUGGAGAAAGAUCCAAUGCUGCUAUCAGGAACUCAUGUCAUGGAGGGUUCUGGAAAAAUGGUGGUCACUGCUGUCGGAGUCAAUUCCCAAACUGGAAUCAUCUUCACGUUACUCGGCAUGGAAGAUGAAGAUGAUGACGAGGAGAAGGAAAAGAAAAAAGAGAAAAAGAAAGAGAAGAAAAUUAAAAAGCAGGAAGCCUCAGCGGAGAACAGAAAAAAAGCUAAAGCUCAGGAUGGAGCUGCAAUGGAGAUGCAACCUCUAAACAGCGAUGAAGGAGCCGAGAAUGAAGAGAAGAAAAAAGCCAACAUGCAAAAGAAAGAAAAAUCAGUUUUGCAAGGGAAAUUGACCAAAAUGGCAGUCCAAAUUGGGAAAGCAGGUCUGCUAAUGUCAGCCAUAACAGUGGUCAUCUUGGUGGUGCUGUUUGUGAUGGACACUUUCUGGUACCAGGGACUUUCCUGGACCUCGCAGUGCACGCCCGUCUACAUCCAGUUCUUUGUCAAGUUUUUUAUCAUUGGUGUGACCGUGCUGGUGGUGGCUGUUCCUGAGGGACUUCCACUGGCCGUAACCAUCUCGUUGGCUUAUUCUGUCAAAAAAAUGAUGAAAGAUAACAAUUUGGUGAGGCAUCUCGAUGCCUGUGAAACCAUGGGCAAUGCAACAGCCAUCUGUUCAGAUAAGACGGGGACUCUGACCAUGAACAGAAUGAAAGUUGUCCAGGUCCAUAUCGCUCACAAACACUACAAGAAGGUCCCUGAACCAGAUGUCAUUCCUGCCAACAUAAUGGACCUUCUCGUUCUGGGCAUCAGUGUCAACUGCGCUUAUACCACCAAAAUCAUGUCCCCUGAAAAGGAAGGAGGCCUAAAUCGUCAGGUGGGCAACAAAACUGAAUGUUCCCUGCUGGGCUUCGCCAUGGAUCUGAAAAAAGACUAUCAAGCAAUUCGCAAUGAAAUCCCCGAAGAGAAACUUUACAAAGUCUACACCUUCAACUCCGUCAGGAAAUCCAUGAGCACAGUGCUAAAGAACGCUGACGGAAGCUUCCGAAUGUUCAGCAAAGGAGCCUCAGAAAUACUGCUGAAGAAGUGUUUUAAAAUCCUGACCGAUACAGGCGAGGCGAAGCUUUUUCGUCCCAGGGAUAGAGACGACAUGGUGAAGAGUGUGAUCGAACCCAUGGCUUCUGAGGGCUUGAGGACCAUCUGUCUGGCAUAUAGGGACUUCCCUGCCUCGGAAGGGGAACCAGAUUGGGAUAACGAGGGUGAUAUUCUCACCAGGCUCACAUGUAUUUGUGUGGUGGGCAUUGAAGACCCGGUCAGACCAGAGGUCCCUGAUGCCAUUAAAAAAUGCCAGCGUGCUGGUAUCACGGUCCGCAUGGUCACUGGGGACAACCUCAACACUGCCCGCGCUAUAGCAACUAAAUGUGGCAUCCUGCAGCCGGGGGAUGAUUUCCUCUGCUUGGAGGGCAAAGAGUUCAACCGUCGGAUCCGUAAUGAAAAGGGAGAGAUUGAACAGGAACGAAUUGAUAAGAUAUGGCCUAAACUUCGGGUCCUGGCAAGAUCUUCACCUACAGAUAAACAUACACUAGUGAAAGGUAUUAUUGACAGCACUGUCUUAGAGCAGAGGCAGGUUGUGGCGGUGACAGGUGAUGGCACUAAUGAUGGCCCCGCCCUAAAAAAAGCAGAUGUCGGUUUUGCCAUGGGCAUCGCUGGCACAGAUGUGGCUAAAGAAGCCUCUGACAUCAUACUCACCGACGACAACUUCAGCAGCAUUGUCAAGGCAGUCAUGUGGGGGAGGAACGUUUAUGACAGUAUUUCAAAAUUCCUUCAGUUCCAGCUCACCGUCAACGUGGUGGCUGUGAUCGUGGCCUUUACUGGAGCUUGCAUCACACAGGAUUCUCCUUUGAAAGCCGUACAGAUGUUAUGGGUGAAUCUCAUUAUGGAUACCUUCGCUUCUUUGGCCUUGGCCACCGAACCCCCCACCGAAUCUCUUCUGCUGAGGAAGCCUUAUGGCCGCAAUAAGCCCCUCAUCUCGAGAACGAUGAUGAAGAACAUAUUGGGGCACGCUGUCUACCAGCUCACUAUCAUCUUUUCUCUCCUCUUUGCCGGUGAGAAGAUAUUCGACAUAGACAGUGGACGCAACGCUCCUCUACAUGCUCCCCCCUCCGAGCACUACACUAUCGUAUUUAACACGUUUGUAUUGAUGCAGCUGUUUAAUGAAAUCAACGCACGGAAGAUCCACGGAGAACGCAAUGUCUUCGAAGGCAUUUUCAACAACAUGAUCUUCUGUAGCAUCGUCUUUGGGACUUUUAUUAUUCAGUUUGUGAUUGUACAGUUUGGGGGGAAACCAUUCAGCUGCGUCGGGCUCAACGUUGAACAGUGGCUGUGGUGUACCUUCUUGGGCUUUGGGUCUCUACUCUGGGGACAGGUCAUCUCCACCAUCCCCACGAGCCGGCUGAAGUUCUUGAAGACGGCGGGUCACGGAACGCAAAAAGAUGAAAUCCCAGACGAGGAGCUGGAGGAACUUGAGGACCUGGAAGAAAUAGACCACGCCGAACGAGAGCUCCGCAGGGGACAGAUCCUCUGGUUCAGAGGCCUCAACCGCAUACAGACUCAGAUCCGAGUGGUGAAUGCAUUCCGCAGCUCGCUGUCGCCCUAUGAGGGCUUGGAAAAGCCAGAGUCCCGCUCCUCCAUCCAUAACUUCAUGACCCACCCGGAGUUCCGGAUAGAGGACUCUGAGCCUCACAUCCCCCUCAUCGAUGACACGGACGCAGAGGACGACGCCCCCACUAAGAGAAAUGCGACGCCCACCCCUCCUCCCCCACCUUCGCCCAAUCAGAACAAUAAUGCAGUUGACAGUUGCAUCCACCUCUUCCUGGAUCCUAGCAAGCCUGCCACACCCUCUGCUCCUGGAAGCCCAAUGCACAGCUUAGAGACAUCCCUUUGAUUAGCUCCGCCCCUCAGUACGACCGACAGCACCAGAGACUUAAGCCUGGAGAACUCAUAGACGAGAGGGGCGGAGCCAAGAAUCUCUCGGGAGCUUUGCUAUUAGCUUUUGUUUCUCUUUAUCUGGAUGGUGUUGUACAUUUUGUUCUUUUGCCCUUUGCUUAUUCAAACACUGAUUUCUGCAUCAUUUGGCUGUUAAUAUUUUGAAUUAUUUAUGUUUUUUGAAGACACAGGUCUGUUUACAAAGUUUGUAGAUACUUUUUUUCUUCUGUUCGUUGGUGGAAGAGCUUCCUGAGACAGAGAAAUGGGGACAAAUGAAAUAAGGGAAUAUUUCAGAGACUGCUGUAUUUUCAGGAAAAAGGGUGUUUCUAUGGAAACCGAACUAUUUUUGCCUGCAAGUUUUAUUUGUUAUAUAUUUGUAGAUAUAUAGAACCUUCUAGCCAAAUAGAUAACACUAAGGCUUGUACAGCAAUGAGCAGAGGAAUUGAGGUCCAUAGGAGAAUUUUAAUUGGACAGAUGAGUGGAGGGGCUGUAGACAAGGAUCUCUAUCCAUACAUCUCCUUGCAUACUUACUUCAUCACCCCAUCAAGUCAUUUUAGAAUUUUCAUUUGUAACGCUCACGUGAGCAACAUCAAGUUCCCCUCGCAUUAUUGUUUGGAAGAUAAGAAAGUUGAGAAGCUGAGGCCACAAAAGGCCGGAUAAUGAAUACAUCUGUACUUAACUAUUUUAAAUGGUCCACAGUCACUUGACAUUAAGUUCCUGCCAAUGUAUCAUAAAGUUUGUUUACUCAGGCUCAAACCUAGAAAAUUGAAUUGAAAAGAAUGCAAUGAUUUAAAACAUUUUAACUUAAGAUUUUGUCUUUAGGUAGCAAAUUGUUGUCUCGUUCAAAAGGAAAAAUAAAGGAAGGAAAAAUG